UAUGUGUUCAUUAAUGCACAGACGUGAAAGAGUGAUUUUAAUAAAUACUUAUUUUCAUUAGGCGUAAGAUAUUUAUUUAAUAACCAAAUAAUAUUCAACUCGAGAUGUUUCCAAAAUUAAAAUUUGUUUUAUUUUUUGUUGUUUUGAUUAUUUUUAUAUCUUCAACGUACGCAUUUUCUAAAGGUGAUUGUGAGUUGCCUCGUGAUGUAGGACCAUGUUAUGCUUACAUGCUAAAAUAUUAUUUUGAUGCUGAAACCAAAACUUGUAAAUCAUUUACUUAUGGAGGUUGUCAUGGAAAUAACAAUCGCUUUGAUUUAAAAAGUGAAUGUUUAGCUGCUUGUAGUUAAAUUGAUCUUUUAAAAUUGUUUAUUUAUAUAAUUAACAUAAAUAAAUUAUGAA